GAUAAAGGGCAAAAGUGCAAAAUGCCUUGGAAACUUACCUUUAAAGUGGGCAUUUACAAAAAAAAAAGGCUAAGUACACUCAGCGGUUGGCUUUGAAUUUUGACUUUCCAUUCAAACUGACCUGAAAAGCUUGUCAACUUCAUACAAGAACGACAUGACAGGAAACGUUCGGUCAAAGUCGGUGGCGCGUUUUUGCACUCUUCACGGCCUCUUUUCUCCACUCAGAAAUGAUUGCGAGGAUUUUUUUCUGGAUGUUGCUGAUGCUUCUUCAACAAAGACGUGCCAUGAUGUCCAACUACACUCUUACGCAGUGGCCAGCAGAAUUAGGCCCACUGCAUCAAGGAGACCCGGUCCACCUUCUGUGCUCGGUGCUCUUUGACCAGAAGAACGACACGUGUGCAGGACGACACAGCGUGCACUGGCUGAGAGUCGGAUCCCAUUCGGGCCUCAGCCAUGCCGAUGGAAAGACAAAUGAGGAAUGCGAUGAGAUGAGUCCCAAACAAUGCAUCUACAAGUUCUUCAUCAAUGUCAGCGAGUCGGAUGGCGCCACCUACUACUGCGCUCUACAGGUCUGUGGGAACUUCAUGUUUGCAAAUGGAACAAAACUGGACUUGCUUGAAAAUGUGAUGCCAGUGGACAAUUCACACAAGGAAAUUCUUCUAUUUUCUUCCAUCUUGGCCUUCAGUCUACUGGUCGUCGCCUUACUGAUCAACAUCAUUAUGAAAAAAGACACAGCGGCUGUUUCAACACAAAGCAAGAACCCUGGCGAUUAUCAAGGAUGGUCGACAUUCAAUAGAGACGAAGACUCCCGCCUUAACUCAGCUGUGAUUUUCACCGUGGUGGAAAGCAAAAUGCUGGAUACGGCAGAGAGACGGAAGCUGUGUUUGGGAUUUGCACCAGCCGCUCCACGUACUGAAAGCUAACUCACUAGCGAGCUAAUUGCGAGUUAGCAAUCACGUUGUAAUCGCAUUUGAUAUUUCGCAACGAAUUAAGUCAAAGAAAAUAACUAUUCCCUAUUGUUAUUACUUGCAGCUACAAAUAGUUGCUUGAAUCCUUGCAUGGGAAAAAUAAGGCACCUUGAAUAAAAUAAUUUCUGGCAAAUAAUCCAA